UACAGAUUGAUUUGCAGUUUUAUGAAAAUGAAGAACAAUGGAUCUGUUAAUACUGGGUAUGAUAAGCAGUUAAAUGAACCAAGAGAACCUAAUCACAAUGUCUUACAACCGAACGCUUCGGAGACGUCUGGAUGCGGCCUCCAGUAUAAUUCUACUCAGGGACAAAUCUACAGUAUACAUGUACCACCCCCACCACAAGCCAUUAUGAUUUCAGACAAAGACUUCAACAAGCAAAACAAUGUUUUGGGUAAUAAAGGGUACAACAUGCAGUUAAAUAAGCCAGGAGGACCUAAUCAAGAUGCCUCGAAACAGAAAGGGUCGAUGGCUGGGUACGACAUGUAAUAUAAUUCUACUCAGGGAUACAUUAACAGUAUACCACCACCACAAGGGGUUAUGAUUUUAGACAAAGAUUUAAACACGCAGAACUAUGGUAUUGGUAAUACAGGGUAUGAUAUGCAGUUUGAUAAACCAGGAGGGCCCACUCACGAUGCCUCGCAACCGAACCUGUCGGAGAUGAAUGGGUACAGCAUGCAAUAUAAUUCUACUCAGGGACAAAUCUACAGUAUACCACAUUCACAAGGCGUUAUGGUAACACAGCCGACCGUGGUUGUUCCUGCUACUAAAACUCACCACACCGAUUGGUUGGUUCCAUCAAUUCUUGUGUGCUUGUUCUGUUUUUGGCCUACCGGAAUUUUUGCCAUCGUGAAUGCGACAAAGGCCAAACGAUCAGAAAGAAAUGGAGAUUUCGCAGGCGCCUCUUCCUAUGCACAAAACGCAAAGGCAUUUGUCAUUGUGUCUAUCGUCUUAGGUAUCAUUGUUAUCAUCAUCUACGGAAUUCGGUACUCUUAUUCUUCCUCAGCUUAAUAAAAUAGGAUCUAAGAUUCAUAAACCCUCUG